AUGGCAAGGAACACUGAAGCCGUAGAAAUUAGAUGGCAAAAAACUAGAGAAGCGUUGUUACUGUCAAGAUUUGCCAAAACGGUGGACAUCAACUGCCCACAGCCUUCAUCUAGGGUCGCAGAUUGUGACGUCAUGUUUGAUCCCAGCGCUUUGAAAUGCAUAACAGCUCGAAUGGACGUUAGAAAUAUUAAAUUGUAUGUGCAGCAAUCAAGGAGUGAGAUGUAUUGUGUUGUAUUUGCUGUCAUAUCCUCCUUCAACAUCGAUGAUUACACUGUCAAUCCAGUGAUUUCUUUUAAAUGGUUUUUGCUUUCAUUAGUCAAUCAUUCUUUUUGCAUUCCUGCAUUUUCUAUAUAUUAA